AUGAUGGAUGAGGAUACCGAGCAGACCAGCCGUGCCGAGUCGGAAAGAAAUUCCGCGAUCGAGGAGCUACAUAGCAACGAUUUUGAAGCUCAGCAAGUCACACCUGACCCUAUGGCCAAUUCAACGACGCGACUACUGGCACCUACGGACGUUGAAUCUCUGGACGAAAGACUAGAAUCGAGCACUUCCCCGUCCGGAUGGAGUCAAAUCAUCGUCCUGCUCCGAAAGAACCUUUUGAUCAAGAUCCGGACUCCGCUGCAAACAUUUCUGGAGAUUUUCAGUCCUGUGCUCAUGAUGUUGGUACUUGUGGCAGCAUACCAAUUGUCCAAAGUAACUUAUCGCGAAGCCAAAACGUAUGAUACAAUUGAAAUCGACCUUCCCGGCCCAUGGCUCGACAUCGUUCGCCAGGCGACGCAGCUAUCGAACUUCUCUGAAAACGGCCGUCGGCUACUACGAAGUGAAUGGGAUGAACCCGAAUUCCCUGGGUCUCUGUUCUUGAUCGAGAAAUGGGAGCUGUUUCGGUCGAUGUAUCUACGAUCGACGACACGUCGUUCUGAGCGGCGUUUGCAAUUUACCGAGACUACAGAUGAUGACAUUGAGGUUGACGAUAACGAGCGAAAAGACGUCAACAAUAUAUAUGAUGUAGUUGACGAGGCCUACAGGGAAAUCCGUCGCCUUCUGAAAAAUCCCAUGUUUAUUCCGUCCUUUUCCCAGUAUGUCAAUAUUUCUCAGCAGAUGUCGAGUCUGAUCAAUGUAAACGACUUGCCCCGAGUCUUUUCUGAAAGUAGCUUUGGACGGCAGUGGGGAAAUUUGUUAACGUUGGGUACCAUUCAUCUUUCUCCGCCCUCAGGGGUCGCCCUAGAUUUUUGGGCUCAUCUGAACGAUACUUACCCUGACGCCAUAGCCUCCUUGAAAAUUAGAAUGCAUCGAAGCGAGAGUGAAGCUAUCAAGUUCAUAGAUGAAAAUUUGAACGAGCGAACGUGGGCACUAAUCGACUUUUCCGCUUGGUCUACCGAUGGCUCCAUGGAUAACGACGCGACCUUUAAGAUUCGCAUGAACUAUACCACGCUACCAAAUACAGCUCAAAUCAGCGACUUUGUCAGCAUUGGUCUCAACACAGCUUACCAGCGCUACUACUUAUCAGGAUUUUUGACUAUACAACGGACACUGAAUGAGUUUGUAUUUUCAAGGGCCGGUGGAAGCUGUCCAGAGCUGUUCUCGAACUCGAGCGAAAUUUGGAGCAUGCCCAUGCCGACAGCGGCAUAUUCACAAAAUAGCUUUUUUCUUGCGGUUGGCUUUUUAUUAGGGUUGGCCAUCGUUAUGGCGUAUCUUUACCCCACUUCACGACUGAUCAAGCUCAUGGUAGAAGAAAAGGAGACAAAAAUGAAAGAGACGCUUUUGAUCUUGGGAACGCUUCCGUGGGCUCAUUGGUGGUCUUGGCUUUUAACAUCAUCGAUUGUAUUCUUUGUCAUCGCUUCAUUGGUGACUUGGGUGAUAAGUGCCAACAUUCUCAAGUUUUCAGCACCGAUUUAUAUUUUCGCAUGGAUCGGACUAUUUUCAUCUUCCUCUUUAGGGUUUUGCUUUACGGUCUCAGCUCUAUUUAAUAAAGCGAAGCUGGCGAGCAUUUUAGGCCCGAUGAUCUUGUUUGCAACAAUUCUCCCUCGUUUCAUAUUUUUCGGUUACAAUCGCUACGAAGCUACAGCAAAGAAGAAAUGGGCGUCUUUGCUGCCGGCAUCUGCUUUCGCUUUCGGGGCUGAUAUCGUCGCUGAUUAUGAGUAUGCUGAACAAGGAAUUCAAGCCUGGAAUGCUGGCGAAGGCGAAUAUUCUUUCCACACCUCUUUGGCGUUCCUCUUGUUUGAUACGAUUCUUUUCUUGCUUUUGGGCUGGUAUCUUGAACAGAUUAUGCCCCGUGAUUUUGGUACACGAAGGCCAUUUUGGUUUUUGGUUUCAACGAAAUUCUGGUGUAAAUGCAAAGAUGCAUCGGCUCAUAGUCUGUCCAAUUCGGGGUCUGCAAACAAAGUGGAAAGUGCUUCUGUCGAUGAGUCGUUUCUUGUUCCGUCUGUGCAAGCUACCAAGCUCCUGAAACAUUACGGGGCAAAGAAAGGGACCGGGCUUCAGCCGGCUGUCAAUCAGCUAGAUCUAACGCUCUACGAAUCACAGAUCACGACUCUACUAGGUCAUAACGGAGCGGGCAAGAGCACAUGUAUUGGUCUUCUCACUGGUAUGUUCCCACCGACGUCUGGUGAUUGCAAGAUAUACGGGGAGUCUAUUGUUCACAACGUUAACCGGGCCAGAAGAUCAAUUGGGAUCUGCCCUCAGCAAAACAUUCUUUUCGAGCGACUGACUGUCUUCGAACACAUCGUAUUCUUCCAACGUCUGAAGGGAGCGAGGCAGAAUCGAAGGAAAGCAAAGGCACUGGCGACAGAUCUAGGCUUGGAAUCUUUUCUUCAUACCACCGCUGCUGCUCUAAGUGGUGGCAAUAAAAGAAAGCUCUGCGUUGCCAUUGCGCUAUGCGGGAAUCCAAAAUUUCUUGUCUUAGACGAGCCGACCUCCGGUAUGGACCCCGAUGCGCGGCGCAAAACGUGGGGCGUGCUGCGUAAACAACGAGCAGGGAGAACUAUUCUGUUGACAACCCAUUUCAUGGACGAAGCUGAACUUCUUUCAGAUAGAAUUGUUGUUAUGCGCGCAGGAGAUUUACAGUGUACGGGAUCACCGGUGGAGUUAAAAGUAAGGUUUGGCCUCGGUUACAAUUUUACAAGCUUUGAGGACCAGUUUGGAGACAUGUUCGAUUCCUUAGAGGUCAAUCAAGGGUCGCUUGAAGUCGGUUCUUUCGGUAUCCAAAACGCAUCACUGGAAGAAAUCUUUAUCAGCCUGGUCGAGCAGGAAUCUGGCGAUCAAACAGCCAAAGCACAUGAUGAGGGACCUAAAGAGCCUCGAUUUGACACGAGAACAUCAAAAGUCUCAGAGGGGCAUGAUAUUACCAUGGGCGAUCACUCACAGUGUUUGUCCGGUUUGACCUUCACCGAUGCAGCUGGUCAAACGCUUGAAUUAUCCGCCUUAUCUUCCUCACGCCAGAUAGUCGUUCUUUACAAAAAGAGAGUCACGGUUCAAAAACGAGACUUUCGAGGGCUUUUUUUUACAGUUGGAGCCCCGGUUCUUGUUUCCGCUCUCGUUCUACUUAUAUUGAAGGUCAACCUUCCGAUAGUUGGGCCGGAGAUUUCCAUGUCCUUAGCGCUCUACACCCAGUCCAGGACCGGCAGCCGAAGUGGGACAGAAGUUCUUGUUGGGGGUGCUGCAGGUUCAGCGCUGCCUACUAGCCGUCCUCUUAUGGCAGACAUUACUAUUUUCGAGAAAACCUACCCCUCCGUCCAUUUUGAAGUAAUCGAAGAACUAGCUUCAUCAAGCGAUAUUUCAAGAUAUCUACUCGACACGAUCAAUUCACAGAAUCACUCUGUUCAGUACGGUUCCUUCUCGAUAAACGAUUCGAUCGCUUCUGUUUCAAUCGUGGACUGGAGCGCUCUUAAGAAUGAAAAUGGAACGGAUAGCGUUCUUCUGGAUCUAAGCGGUCCAAUGGGGAUCGGUGACCUAGUCGACCUUGUCCCUUUCAUGACGGGCGACCAAGAAUAUCGUGAAACCGUUGAAACUGACAUGAGUAUUCUUCACAACUCUUCCUCACCCCAUGCUGUUGCCGUGUUUAAUCAAGCUUACGCUGAUCACAUCCUGAAGGUAUGUUCGGGGGAACCAAAGAGGAUACUUCAAUCACUUAACGCCCCUUUGCCAUUGACAACGGCACAAACAGUGGAAAUAAAGGCGAUUCUUAGCAUUCUGGCUUCAUUGUUCCUCCUGAUCCCAUACUGCUACAUCCCUGGUGCCUUCAUUGUUUUCAUGGUUAAGGAGAAAUCUUGCAAAUCAAAACAUCUACAGCUUGUAAGCGGUGUGGAUGUGAGAUCAUAUUGGAUAUCAAAUUAUGCCUUUGAUGCAAGUGUUUUUUUAUUGUUGACCCUGCUGGUGAUGGCUGUUUUCAUGUUUUACGGAAGCGAUUCAGCGGAAGUUUUUGUGGGAGACUUGGAGUCUUUCUUCUGUACGAUGGCGCUAACGUUCGGCUACGGUUUGAGUAUUCUUCCUUUUGCUUACCUGUGCUCCCGCCGUUUUCACAAUCAUAGCUCCGCUCAAAUUGCAGUCAUAGGAAUUGGAUUCGUCACGGGCUUUGUUUUCGUCAUGGCAUAUUUCAUUAUGAUCUCGAUUGAGUCGACCGAGCAACUUGCAAAAACCCUUCGCCCAAUUUUCAGAAUAUUCCCGGGGUACAAUGUUGGAGAUGGAUUCAUUCAAAUGGCCAACGCCUUCUGGGAGAGGCGCAUACAAGGGACUGAUUCUGGGAGGCCGUUCAGCUGGGAGGUCGCUGGUAAACCCGUAUUACUUUUGUAUGGACUAGCGCCAAUCUAUUUUUUGAUAUUGCUGAUCCUUGAAUACUCAGGGGACGGAAGCGCUGGAGGGAAGAUAGGCUGGGUAAUUCGGUCAGCCAAAUCUUCAUGGGAACGGCUGAUUCUUCGCUGUAACGGUGUCCAUGCUGACUGCUCGCUUGACGAUGGAUUGAAAGAGGGCACGCGAGACGAAGACGUUGAGGGAGAGCGCAUAUUUGUCUAUGAAAAUAUCGACCAAUUAAAGCAUUCCGCUCCUAUUGUCUACCAGGAUCUGUGGAAAAUCUACCCUCCCUCUGUUGGUUUGUUUGGGACGAUGGCGGCAUUUGAAGGCGAGACGUUCGCACUUUUAGGUGCAAACGGGGCUGGAAAGAGUACAAGUCUGAAUGCCAUUACUGGAGACAUAUCCGCAACGAAAGGCAAGGUAUUUGUCGCCGGAUACUGUGUUACUGGAAGCAACGAUGACUAUGACGUCACCAAUGCACGGAAGCACCUUGGCUAUUGUCCACAAAUUGACCCUCUACUGGAGCUAAUGACACCGAGAGAGACCUUGGCUAUGUUCGGUCAAAUUCGGGGCAUUCCGCUUGAGAUACUGAACGGGCAUGUAGAGAAGCUACUCGAAUUUCUGUUACUUAGCACACAUGCAGAGAAGACAUGCGAAAACUUGUCGGGAGGAAACAAGCGCAAAUUAAGUCUUGGAAUUGCGCUAAUUGGUGACCCGACAGUGUUGCUGAUAGAUGAAAGCUCGUCAGGUCUGGACCCAGUUGCUAAACGCCGGAUGUGGAGCCUCAUAUCCCGAGCGGCAAAGAAUCGGUCUAUUAUUCUGACUACUCACCAGAUGGAGGAAGCGGAGGCGUUAUGCACGCGUGCAGGCAUCAUGGGUAACGGGGAACUGCUUUGUCUUGGCUCGGUUCAACAUUUGAAGUCCAAGUACCUCGACGGGUACACAAUCGACAUAUUUUGCAGUUCAACGAGCUCGGAAACGGAUAGAGAUGCUUUGGUGUCGGAGCUACUGGAUAACUCUCUUCCUGGGUCUCUGCUAGCAGAACGUCAUGGUCGUUUUCUCCGUUUCGAUGUACCAAAAUUGCCGUCUCUUGGCCUUGGCCAUACUUUCCGCCGGUUGCAAGCGUUGAAAGGAUCUUGCAGCUUUCCUUUGGAGAACUACAGUAUUUCUCAGUGCUCCCUUGAGCAAGUUUUCAUCAAACUUACUAAGCAAAAUAACUUUGUUGAUUAG